CGGCGACGCGAGCAGGAGGCGGUGAGACUUUCAGGCCACCGGCUCGCUUUCGGGCAGGGCGGCGAGAAGAGGUUCGAUUCGGGUCUUGAGAACUCUUCUGCGGGAUGGUACCUUGAGUGAAUGACCUCCUUGGAGACCAUUCGUCUGUUUCCCUUGUUACCAGCCAGGAGGCAGAAGAUUCCAACAUGUCCAGGAAAGGCCCAUUUCCCUUGAGUUUCCAGAAAGUACCUCAUGCUUGGGAGAUCAGGCCAACUAUGGCUCUUAAAUUCAGUGUCCUGCUGUUACUGGGGCUGUGUGGAAAGAUCUCUUCAGGAAGUCAGCCUGCAUUCGACAACACUCCUGGGGCUUUGAAUUAUGAAUUGCCUACCACAGAAUAUGAGACCCAAGACACCUUCAAUGCUGGGAUUGUUGGCCCUCUCUACCAAAUGGUUCACAUCUUCCUCAAUGUGGUCCAGCCGAAUGACUUUCCUGUAGAUUUGAUCAGAAAACUCAUACAGAAGAAGUUUGACAUCUCAGUUGAUUCCAAGGAGGCUGCCUUCUAUGAGAUCGGAGUUCUUGUCUGCGCCAUCCUGGGACUGCUGUUCAUUAUCCUCAUGCCUCUGGUGGGCUUCUUCUUUUGUAUGUGCCGUUGCUGCAACAAAUGCGGCGGAGAGAUGCACCAGCGGCAGAAGCAGAAUGAGCCAUGCCGGAGGAAGUGCUUAGGCAUCUCCCUCUUGGUGAUUUGUCUGCUCAUGAGCCUUGGCAUCAUGUAUGGCUUUGUGGCCAACCAGCAGACAAGGACUCGCACCAGAAGGACCCAGAAACUGGCAGAGAGCAAUUUCAGAGACUUGCAAACACUCCUGACUGAAACCCCAAAGCAAAUUGACUAUAUAUUGGAGCAGUACACCAACACCAAGAACAAGGCAUUCUCAGACCUGGAUGGUAUCGAUUCUGUGCUGGGAGGCAGAAUAAGGGACCAACUAAAAUCCAAAGUAACUCCUGUUCUCGAAGAGAUUAGGGCCAUGGCAUCAGCCAUCAAACAGACCAAGAACGCCCUGCAGAGCAUGAGCAGCAGCCUGAAAAGUUUCCAGGAUGCAAGCACCCAGCUGAGUACCAAUCUGACCUCUGUUAGAAACAGCAUCGAGAAUUCACUCAAUAGCAGCGACUGUGCUUCAGAUCCAGCCAGCAAGAUCUGUGAUAGCCUCAGACCAGGGCUAAGCAAUCUGGGGAGCAAUCACGAGUCGAGUCAGCUCCCAUCAGUGGAUAAGGAACUCAACACCAUUAAUGAUGUCGACAGAACUGAUCUGGAGAGCCUCGUCAAAAGGGGGUAUACGUCGAUUGAUGAAAUACCUGAUAGGAUACAAAACCAAACUGUGGAUGUCAUCAAAGAUGUCAAAAAGACCUUGGAUUCCAUUAGCUCCGACGUUAAGAACAUGAGUCAAAGUAUUCCUAUUGAGGAGGUGCUGUUUCAGGUCUCCCAUUACCUUAAUAACAGCAACAGAUACUUCCACCAGGAGAUGCCCAAACUGGAAGAAUAUGACUCAUACUGGUGGCUGGGUGGCUUAAUUGUCUGCUUCCUGCUGACCCUCAUUGUGACAUUCUUUUUCCUGGGCUUGCUGUGUGGUGUUUAUGGCUAUGACAAGCAUGCCACCCCAACCAGAAGAGGCUGCGUGUCCAACACUGGAGGCAUCUUCCUCAUGGCUGGAGUUGGAUUCAGCUUCCUUUUUUGCUGGAUAUUGAUGAUCCUUGUGGUUCUUACUUUUGUUGUUGGUGCAAAUGUGGAAAAGUUGCUCUGUGAACCCUAUGAAAACAAGAAACUAUUACAGGUCUUGGACACUCCCUACCUGCUCAAGGAACAAUGGCAAUUUUAUCUCUCUGGCAUGCUGCUCAAUAACCCAGACAUUAACAUGACCUUUGAGCAAGUCUACAGGGAUUGCAAAAGAGGUCGAGGUGUGUAUGCUGCUUUUCAGCUUGAGAAUGUCUUCAACAUCAGUGAGAAUUUCAACAUUGAGAAGCUUUCUGAAAACAUAGUCGAGGAGUUGGACAAUCUGAAUGUGAAAAUUGAUAACAUCGAACUGCUGGAUAACACAGGAAGGAAGAGCCUUGAGGACUUUGCAAAUUCUGGGAUAGAUGCAAUCAGUUAUUCCACGUACUUGGCGGAGGCCGAGAAAUCCCCUACCAAAGUGGAUCUGCUGACAUUUGCCUCUAAUCUGGAAGCAAAAGCAAAGCAGUUGCCUGAAGGGAAGUUGAAGCAGGCCUUGCUAAUGGAUGCACAGAAUAUUAGAACCAUCCACCAGCAUCACAUCCCUCCUGUGCAGCAGUCACUGAAUACUUUAAAACAAAGUGUCUGGACCCUUCAGGAAACAAGCAACAACUUGCCGGAGAAAGUGAAGAAGAUCCUUGCCUCCUUGGAUUCUGCUCAGAGUUUCCUCACCAAUAACAUUUCCUCCAUUGUUAUUGGGGAGACGAAGAAGUUUGGGAGAACAAUAAUAGGCUACUUUGAACAUUAUCUGCAGUGGGUCUUGUACGCCGUCACAGAGAAGAUGACAUCCUGCAAACCCAUGACCACCGCAAUGGACUCUGCUGUUAAUGGCAUUCUGUGUGGCUAUGUUGCUGACCCUCUGAAUCUGUUCUGGUUCGGCAUAGGGAAAGCCACGGUGCUCUUACUUCCCGCUGUAAUCAUUGCUAUCAAGCUGGCCAAGUACUACCGCAGGAUGGAUUCAGAGGACGUAUAUGACGAUGUUGAGACUGUACCCAUGAAAAAUUUGGAAAACGGUAGUAAUGGUUAUCAUAAAGAUCAUUUAUAUGGUGUUCACAAUCCUGUUAUGACAAGCCCGUCUCGAUACUGACAACUGAAGUUGACACUGCUUGAACAUCAAGAUAAUCAACAUGGGAAGAAUCUCAGACUUUGGAUAGUUUCUGAGUCUUCUAGAACUUUCCAAGUGCAGAAGAAACCAUGGUGGAGACUCAGGCGGGCACUGGGAACAUGGCAUCAGUGGUCUUAGGGUAGAGCUUUGUCAGGAAUGAAUAGUCAUGGUUAUAAUCCACGUAUCCAUUGCUAUUCAAGAAUGAGUCCUGUUUUGUUUUUAACUUUUUUACACUGAAUUUCUAUUUAGACACUAAAACAUAUUGGGGUGCUUGUUCCCCCGGAUACAUUUACCUGUGAGCCAGCUAUUCAGAUGUCAUAGCUGGGCACCUAACUUACUUCCAUAUGUGAAGUGUGCUAAACACAAACCAGUUUACAGAAGAGAUGUAUUUUGUGUAUAGUAAAUUGUAUAUACACCCUUCUACCACAUUCAGGUUUUUCAACAAAUGAAUACUCUAGAUUUUUCUUCUAAAUGAGGUUACUGUUGGGGUGGGGUUGACUUAGCGAUGUGUAGAAAGGUAUCUGCAUUUGCUAAAAGCGUGUCAAUCCUAGAGCAGGCAAUAACCUUCCUUGUAGACUUCCAUCUGCUCGUUGUGGAUCUGCCUGUGGUUUAGAAAUAGAAUUCAAGAGCAAUCACGGAGUGUCCUGCUUGACACCACUGCCAAAUUCAGAAUGAGGGACCUUGAGAGAAGGAACUGUCGCUCAGCCGGAAGCGGAAUCAUUUUCGCAGUCACCGGUCCUGGGUCAAGUUUAGUGGCACUCUCUGGUUUGUAAGGAUGGGCAUUACUUUCAGUGUCAUCUGGUCAUCUGUGAGAUUCUAAACUGAGGUGCAAGAGCUCCUGUCCUGAUUCUGAGAUUUGAAAUAAAGCAUGAAUGAAUGGAA